AUGGCAGAUCGACGUUAUCUUAAUCUUCGAGAGCGGCCUGAUAACUCUCCAGCCUUUGAGACCCUUCAGAGUACGUCUAACUCUAAUUCAACUCCUGGUCCGACUCCUGGUCCGACUCCUGGUCCGACUCCUGGUCCGACUCUUGGUCCGACUCCUGGUCCAACUCCUGGCCCGACUCCUGGCCCGACUCCUGGCCCGACUCCUGGCCCGACUCCUAGUCCAAUUACUGAUAUUCUUACUACUUUAACUACUGCUUUAAAUAAUGCUCCUGCCGACCAACUUAUUGCUCUAACUGCUGCUUUAACUGCUACCCUAGCCCAAGCUCAGGCUUCUAACGCAGCUUCUAGUACAAUUCCUGGCGUAGCUAUAACUCCAGAGAACUGCUCCUACUCUUUCUGGCGUAAUAGCUGGCGCAACUCCUAG